UUAUCGGGACACAAAAAACCCUCAUUUGCCAAACACUUAUCUAUCUCUGCAAACAAAACAAAUUCAAAAACACACAAAGAAGAUAAUGGCGGUGUCCUUGGGUUUAUGCUCAGUAUUCUCAACCGGCGAAACGGCGUCGUUUGCUAAGUCAGCUUCGUUUCCCUCCGUCAAGCUUGCUAAUGUGCGCACUGUGACCUUUGCGACGGCUUCAAAGCCGGCUGCUGCUGAGCCGAAGAAGCGUGAGCCAAGAGGGAUUAUGAAGCCGAAAAGAGUUUCCCCUGAAAUGCAAGCAUUCCUUGGUGGUAUGUCUGAGAUUCCUCGUACUCAAGCACUUAAGUUGAUUUGGGCCCACAUCAAAGGGAACAGCCUUCAGGAUCCUCAAAACAAGAAGGUCAUAAUUUGCGAUGACAAGUUGAAGACGAUUUUUGAUGGAAAGGAGCGUGUUGGGUUCCUUGAGAUUGCUGGUUUGAUUAGUCCUCACUUUCUUAAGUGAUCUGUCUAAAGGGCAGAAGGGAAGUUCUUUUUUUUGUAAAUUAGGCUUCUAGAUUGGGUAAUGGUCUCUACUAGGAAUAGUGCUGCUUUUUGAAUUUAGCUUAUCUAAACUUAUCUGAAGGAAGCCUUAGUCUAUGAAGAUCACUCUUUUGUGGAAGUUUGGAUUUGGUCUUCAGAUCUACAUAUGAAGGUUUUCCGAUGCAAGAUUAGUAGCCAGUGAAUUGUCAAUCUUAAACAUAUUGCAGUGUUAUGAGCAGUAUGCUAUAUACAGGGCAUAUUUAGUACAAUUUCGGCUUGGCUGCAGCACUUACUGAACUCUGAUAUGGUCAAAUGUACUGAAUAUUUGGGAUUUUUCCUUGCAAAUGUAUGACAAUAUCCAGUGUUAUUUCUA